CGGUGGUAACGGUAGUGUGACAGCGUGUGUGUGUGUAAGAAUAAUUGGAAUGACCCCGCGGAGUAAGUAGCCCAGCGGGAAGGGGAGUUUCCCCCUUGCCUUGGCUCAGUGCGGCAGGUACUCUGGGCAAGUGCCUGCCCCGCUCCCCUGGCAGAGGAGUAGCUGUGCUUCUUUCGCCAAUUGCACACCCCUCCGUGCUCAGCAACACUGUCUUCACCCGGUCACUUCUCCUAUAAUUGGUUCUCCUUCACCAAGUCUCCACAGAAUUGCAGCAGAAUUGCAUAUUGUCUAACAAAACAGGGUGGGAUUGCUGCUAGAUUAGUAGCAGUGACGUUUUGCUGUUUGCAGCUUUUUUUUCCCAGUUUACAAAGAACUCUAAACUGAUCCUGUUGAAAUAGUUUGUUGCCCUGCCCUUUUUGGUGCUGGACUGAUACAUUUUCCUGGGAUGGUAGACCCCGACCACCCAGAAAAAUAUACACAGUGUUUCUUGGGUUUGUUUUAUGUCUUUGAAAUAUUUGUACACUUCCUAUCUGGUUAUCUUAACGAAAAUGAUUUGGGCUUUCCUCAGUUCUUUUGUAGCCAGUAGCUCUAUAUGCUGAGACACAAAGGUAUUUGUUGGGAGCGAAGUGUUCCUAUACCAUGUUAAACACCCAGCACCAAGACUGGAAGCUGCAUACCUGUCAGCUGCUUCGGUUUCAUAUACGGUCAAGAAUAAAUUAGAAUUUAGGAAAGGAGUUCCCAGUAGCUCUGUGCCAGGUGAUGGAGAGUGGUGUCUGAACCAAAUAUUUAAUUUCCCUCCUCCCUGCUGCCUUUCCUGCUUCUGUCACAAUUAGAUGCCUGUGGAAGAUUGAAUAAUUUAAAAUAUGUGUUUUGCAUUAUCCUUCUGCUGUUCAAGUGUCUCUGUUGUUUGGAGAUCUGGUAUCCUUGGUGUCUCUUUCCUUGGUCCUGGAUGAGCAUCCAUCCACAGCCCAGUCUGCUGUCCCUUGGGAUGCUUGCUGGACCCUCCACUAGGCUUGCUCAGCUCACUAAUUCAGCAGAAGACUAAUCACCUCUUUGACGGGUUGGUUAAUGGAUUUAAGCUGGUGAUUCCUGUAGAGGUUUUUCAAACUUCUAGAUGAAGUAGCAGGAAAGUGGAGUCAGGGAAGUGAAGUAGCCAGAGGAAAGUAAACACAUGGUUUGUGGCGACAGCGCUAUCAGAUCAAUUUAUGCAGUCAUCUGCAGAACCAGUCAAAAUAACCGGGUAUUUUAGCAGUGUGUUUUGUGUAAUUUUAAAUAAUUGAAAAUACUGUGUUUUGCAAAUUUGUUUCACAAAUGUAAAAUGAUUUUUGGAAUAGAUUUUAUAAUUUCUUAAAAUGUUACUAUCUUCCUGUCUUUCAGGCUGAAGGUGGCCCAUUGUAAGGGGUAAUCAUCUGUCAAAUAUUUAAUAAUCAUUUGUACAGAAAAUUUCCUGCAUUGUUCAUGGAGUUUUUCAUCAGUAUGUCUGAAACCAUUAAAUAUAAUGACGACGAUCACAAAACUGUGUUCCUGAAAACAUUAAAUGAACAACGUUUGGAAGGGGAAUUUUGUGACAUAGCUAUCGUGGUUGAAGAUGUUAAAUUCAGAGCACAUAGGUGUGUCCUUGCUGCCUGCAGUACCUACUUCAAAAAGCUUUUCAAAAAACUGGAAGUUGAUAGUUCAUCAGUAAUAGAAAUAGAUUUUCUUCGUUCUGAUAUUUUUGAAGAAGUUCUCAAUUACAUGUAUACUGCAAAGAUUUCUGUUAAAAAAGAGGAUGUAAAUUUGAUGAUGUCUUCAGGCCAGAUUCUUGGUAUUCGAUUUCUGGAUAAACUCUGCUCUCAGAAGCGUGAUGUGUCUAGUCCUGAAGAAAACACACAGUCCAAAAGCAAGUACUGUCUAAAAAUAAACCGUCCUAUGGGGGAACCCAACGAUACCCAAGAUGAUGAGGUGGAAGAAAUUGGAGAUCAUGAUGAUAGUCCAUCAGAUGUGACAGUGGAAGGAACUCCCCCAAGUCAGGAAGAUGGAAAAUCACCUACCACUACCCUGAGAGUGCAAGAGGCGAUUCUGAAAGAGUUGGGAAGUGAAGAGGUUCGAAAAGUAAACUGCUAUGGCCAAGAAGUAGAGCCUAUGGAAACAACUGAAUCAAAAGACUUAGGAUCUCAGACUCCUCAGGCUUUGACAUUUAAUGAUGGCAUAAGUGAAGUGAAGGAUGAACAAACACCAGGCUGGACCACAGCGGCUGGGGAUAUGAAGUUUGAGUAUUUGCUUUACGGUCACAGGGAACACAUUGUAUGUCAAGCUUGUGGUAAGACCUUUUCUGAUGAAGCGCGACUGAGGAAACACGAAAAGCUGCACACGGCUGAUAGACCGUUUGUUUGUGAAAUGUGUACAAAGGGCUUCACCACGCAAGCUCAUUUGAAAGAACACCUGAAAAUACACACAGGUUACAAGCCUUACAGUUGCGAGGUAUGUGGAAAGUCUUUCAUUCGUGCACCAGAUCUAAAAAAGCAUGAAAGAGUUCACAGUAAUGAGAGGCCAUUUGCAUGCCAUAUGUGUGAUAAAGCUUUCAAGCACAAGUCCCACCUCAAAGACCAUGAAAGAAGACACCGAGGAGAGAAACCUUUUGUCUGCAGUUCCUGCACUAAAGCAUUUGCUAAAGCAUCUGAUCUAAAAAGGCAUGAGAACAAUAUGCACAGUGAAAGAAAACAAGUUACUACAGCCAAUUCCAUCCAGAGUGAAACAGAACAGUUACAGGCAGCAGCUAUGGCUGCUGAAGCAGAGCAGCAAUUAGAAACUAUAGCUUGUAGUUAAAAACUAAAGCAGAAACUUUAUCAGAAAUAAUAUAAGAAAUUUAAUUGAACAAAAUCUAUUGUUGGUCUAUGUCUAGACUGAGAAUUAUCUUUUCAAGAAAACAUAUUUUUAGAGGAUUUGAAUGCUACAUAGGAGCACAUAGCAUUGCUUGGUUUGGUAUUUUAAAACAUUUCAGAGAUGGGUAUUCUUAGAAUAUGAAAUCGUUUUGUUGUCCUUAGCAGUCUAAUGCACUAAUAACAGAUUUAAUUUGAGAAUGUGGUUGAGUUCUCUAUGAGACGGGGAUCAUCACCGGCUGAUGUUUUGUUUCAUCCAAGUGUGGAACACUGCAUACGAUUUAGACAUCGAAAUCAGUGAGUUACAUUUAAAAACACUGAGAUCUCAGAAAAUAACAACCAUGGAAAGGAAAUACUUGUUUUUCAUAAUUUUGAAAGUGUUAUACCUACAAUUUUUGAGAAACAGACGUUGAUUCCCUAAGCUUUGUAUUUCUUCGUUUUUUCACCUAAUGUGGGUGCUAGAGGUUGGUACCACAGAGUGUAAGGGAGGACAGUGAUCAAAAUGAAAUUGCUUCUAAUUCCAUUCCCUCAGACAGACUCUUAUUUUAAUCAAGGUGGCAAGUUCAGUGAAAUACUUGCUUUCCUGAAAAAACUGCAUUAUUCACAGUGGUCUUGGCUGGCGAAGCAGAAGGUCGUGGCAUUCACCAAUCCUGUCUGUGGGGAAAAGAGUCGGCCUCAUUUGUUUCUAUGUUCACUCUUAUGCAGGCCCCCGGAGAUGGGACAGAGCCACAAAGGAAAGGGGUGCAGCAUGGAGAAGGAGGUAUUUUCCUUACUUGGACCCAGCAGAAAGUAGUUAAAGCUAAUACAGCCUGAGGCUGUAGUUUUUAUUGUGCAGCUUUCAGUUCACCUAACUUAGCAAAGCUGAGGCAAAGGAGUGUUUCUGGCAGCACAGGAGGAUUAGCUGCGCUGGCCAGUGACCAGGUGUCACUGCCGGACCUCUGCAGCUGCAGAGCACGGCCACGGGCUGUCACAUGCCUGCCCACAGUGUUCAGGGUGGCGUUUGUGUCGUGGCUGCUCACACCAGCUAAUAGAUCCUGUUCAAGUUUAAAAGCUUCUGCCUUCUGGCACAACACCUCUCAGCAAGAGGGAGCACUUCAGUGUGUAAUUUCAGUCAUAAUUGAUCCAGAAUCAGUGUUCGCUAAUAGUCUGUUACUUAGAGUUGCCUAUUUUUUUUUCAGACAAGCUGGGGUAGAUGCUGCUAAUUUAACUGUUAACUCAGAGUCAACAAAAUACGUGGUCUUUGGAUGUAAUCUUUAAUGUAAUCCAAAGGGAUGUCGAGCCUUUAUUUUAAAUUUGUAAAUACUACAACUGUUGUCAAAACUUCAUUUGAAGUUGGAAUGGGAAAAAAAAAAUGCACUCUUGCGCAUGUGGUUGGAUAACAUUGGUCACUUGCGAUACCUAUAGCAUAUGAAAGUGUUAGACCAGUUUCUGGUAAGUUACUGUGUGGUAGAUCACAUCUUGCUUUUCUAAUAGAAAUUGAAAAUAGCAUUUUUGGAACUGUUGUAUGGAACUUGGAUUAUUGGUUUUUUGUUUGAUUGGGUUUUUUUACAGCUUCAUUUUAUUCAUGUACUCAUCAGGUUAAGCAGUUAUCUUAAAAUGCCAAUAAUUGUUUGAAAGCUGGUCUGUAAAUAAAACAUGAACUUAAUAUUUUAGAAAAUGUAAACUUUGGACCUUUACCAAUAUAUUUUUUUAAAAUGUUGCUUCAUUUUACAUUGAGUAAUAUUAGUUUGUAAACAAACUAUACAUUUUGUAUCUGUGCAACAUCAGAGGAUGUGUAUUCAUUGCAUUUUAUUGGUUCUCUUGAGGAACAUGAUAAAUGACCAUUGUUGAAAUGUUUUACUGUAUAUGAUCAUAGAUAUAAAGAUAGUAGGCCCAAAAUGGGACCUACUUGUUUUUUCUAAAUA